CCUUGGAUUUAGUUGGUUCCCAUCAUCUGGGAAUUCAACAGCCGCCUUUUUGUUUAGUUUUUUAUCCCUGGAGAAGAGGACAUUGCGGAUUGCUAAUGGAUACGGACGUCAAAGAAACCGGAAGUCAUCAGUCGGUUGUCGAGCAGAUUCACACCGAGGAUGAGAGACCGGAGGCCAAAAUAGACGAGAAACCAGAACAGCAACUCGAUCACAAACACGACAAUGCUGAUAACAAGUCUCUAUCGUCGAAAAGAUCAAAUUCAAUCGGUGUUGAAGAAAGCACACACGUGCCGACAGCAGAAAGCGAUGCUGACAUCAAACCAUCCAUUCAGGUAGAUGAAGAAAAAUCGUCUUCAUUGUCAAUUAAGGAAGAUUCGAUAUCAAUUGGCAAAGAAGAGAAGUUAACUGACAGCCAUGCAUCAUCGGCGUCAAUGACUUCGUCCGCGACAUCCAUUGAAGAGGUUAAACAAAUGACUAAACGCCAGUACAUGACCGUCAUUAUCCUGUGUUUUGUUAAUCUGUUAAAGUACAUGGAUCGCUUCACUAUCGCAGGAAUUUUGCCGGAGAUUCAAUGUUUUUUCGAUAUCAGUGACGCGCAAGGCGGUUUGCUCUCAACUGCUUUCGUGGUUUCCUACAUGCUCUUCUCACCCAUCGUUGGUUACCUGGGUGACAGGUUCUCUCGCAAGCUCAUCAUGGCAAUUGGUAUUACUUUCUGGGGAAUAUCCAAUUUAGCUGGUUCGUUUUCAGAAAGUUACAGUCUCUUCUUGACGUCAAGAAUUUUGGUCGGCAUCGGCGAAUCCAUGUUUUCCACUGUUUCACCAACUAUCAUCUCCGAUGUUUGCAUUGGUGAUACUCGGUCUAAGUUUCUUAUCCUUUACUACUUUGCUAUUCCCGUCGGAAGUGGGCUAGGGUUUAUCGUCGGUGCAGCAAUGGCCAGCGCUUUUGGCUCGUGGCAGUGGGGCCUUCGAGUCACACCUUUUCUAGGUCUCAUCGCCGUCUUGCUGAUCAUAUUUAUCGUCCAAGAGCCACCAAGAGGCGAAGCCGAGGGGUCCAAGUUAUCUGCAACUUCUUAUUGGGACGAUUUGAAAUACUUGGCUACAAAUAAAAGUUACGUAUUGUCAACGGCUGGAUGCACGCUAACAACAUACGUCUCCGGUGCGUUGGCGUGGUGGGGCCCUAAAUUCAUCACGUUAGGACAGGCUACAACAUUAGGCGAAGAUGUUUCUUAUACCAGGGUGUCACUCAUAGUCGGGUUUGAAGCGGCUCUGGCUGGCGUUGUGGGUGUAGCAUCAGGAUCGCUGGUCGGACAGAAAUUAAGGAAACGUUUUCCAACGGCCGAUGCCCAAGUUUGCGCUUGGAGUAUGGUCAUCUGCGCUCCAUUACUCUAUUGGGGUUGCUACAUUGCAUCAGGUCCUCCUGUGCCAAUGUACAUCGUCCUCUUCUUCGGCCAGUGGUUCCUUAACGUUAAUUGGGCGCCCGUCGGUGACAUCCUUCUGUACGUCGUUAUUCCAACGAGACGUUCAACGGCCGAAGCUUUUUCCAUCCUUGUAUCCCACGCCCUGGGCGAUGCCGGAUCUCCUUACAUCGUUGGACUGGUAUCAGACAGUUUCAAGAAGUCAUUGACUGCUGCGGAAGAAACAAAGAUGUCAUCGUAUGAUUACUAUGGUGGUACGAUGAUGCUGGACGAAUCCUCCGCUAGCAACAACUGCUCCGGUUCUUCGUUCAUCGACAUGGAGACGGUCGACAUCGAAUUUCGAGCACUUCAGUAUUCGCUGUUUAUUACGACCAUCCUUGCGGCGCUAAGUGCUUAUUUCUUCUUCGCAAACGCUUGGUUCAUUGUCGAAGACAAGGCAGCCGCUGAUAAAGCAGUGAAAGAAAACGACGAGAUAAAACGACUGGAGAGGCUGGAAAAACAAUAAAAACAUAUAGCAGAAGGGGUAUUGAUCGCAUGCCAAAUACAAAUGAAUUGUAAUAAAUUCUAAGCCAAGAUUUGA